GCCAAUGUUCCCGUCUCGCCGCUAUAAAUCGCAGCCAUCUUCUUCAUUCCUUACCAAUUCAAUCCGAACAUAGCUUGAGAUUGAUCAUGGCGAAGAGCAAGGCGAUCGGCAUCGACCUCGGGACGACGUACAGUUGCCUGGGGGUGUGGAUGAACGACCGCGUGGAGAUCAUCCCCAACGACCAGGGCAACCGCACCACCCCUUCCUACGUCGCCUUCACCGACACCGAGCGCCUCGUCGGCGACGCCGCCAAGAACCAGGUGGCCAUGAACCCGCACAACACCGUCUUCGACGCCAAGCGCCUCAUCGGCCGCCGCUUCUCCGACCCCACCGUCCAGGCCGACAUGAAGCUCUGGCCUUUCCGCGUGGUGGCCGGCCCCUCCGACAAACCCCUCAUCGUCGUCACCUACAAGGGCGAGGAGAAACGCUUUACUCCCGAGGAGAUCUCCUCCAUGGUGCUCUCCAAGAUGCGGGAGAUCGCCGAGGCCUUCUUGGGGCAGACCAUCAAGGACGCCGUCGUCACCGUUCCCGCCUACUUCAACGACUCCCAACGGCAGGCUACCAAGGACGCCGGCUCCAUUGCCGGCCUCAACGUUAUCCGCAUGAUCAACGAGCCCACAGCCGCCGCCAUCGCCUACGGCCUCGACAAGAAAGCCGCUCGAACAGGGGAAAAGAACGUCCUCAUCUUUGAUCUCGGCGGCGGUACCUUCGACGUCUCCCUCCUCACCAUCGAGGAGGGCAUCUUCGAGGUGAAGGCCACCGCCGGGGACACCCACCUCGGUGGUGAGGACUUCGACAACCGCCUCGUCAACCACUUCGUUGCAGAGUUCAAGAGGAAGCACAAGAAGGACAUCAGCGGCAACGCGCGGGCGCUGCGCCGCCUCCGCACCGCCUGCGAGCGCGCCAAAAGGACCCUCUCCUCCACCACGCAGACCGCCAUGGAGGUGGAUUCUCUCUAUGAAGGGAUCGACUUCUACGCCACCAUCACCCGCGCCCGGUUCGAGGAGCUCUGCAUGGAUUUGUUCCGCAAGUGCAUGGACCCGGUGGAGAAGGUCCUCCGCGAUGCCAAGAUCGACAAGGGGCAGGUCCACGAGGUUGUGCUCGUCGGCGGCAGCACCAGGAUCCCCAAAAUCCAGCAGAUGCUGCAGGAUUUCUUCAACGGGAAGGAGCUCUGCAAGAGCAUCAACCCCGACGAGGCUGUGGCCUACGGCGCCGCCGUGCAGGCCGCGAUCCUCACCGGAGAGGGGGACGAGAAAGUGCAGGACUUGCUGCUGCUCGACGUCACGCCUCUCUCGCUUGGAUUGGAGACCGCCGGCGGAGUCAUGACCGUCUUGAUUCCCAGGAACACCACCAUUCCCACCAAAAAGGAGCAAGUUUUCUCGACCUACUCCGACAACCAACCAGGCGUUCUCAUCCAGGUGUACGAGGGGGAACGGGCGCGGACGAAGGACAACAAUUUACUCGGCAAGUUCGAGUUGACCGGAAUCCCGCCGGCGCCGAGAGGGGUGCCCCAAAUCAACGUGACCUUCGACAUCGACGCCAAUGGCAUCCUGAAUGUGUCGGCGGAGGACAAGACUGCAGGUGUGAAGAACAAGAUUACGAUCACCAACGACAAGGGGCGGCUUAGCAAGGAGGAGAUCGAGCGGAUGGUGCGCGACGCGGAGAAGUACAAGUCGGAGGACGAGGAUGUGAAAAGGAAAGUAGAGGCGAAGAACAGCCUGGAGAACUACGCGUACAACAUGCGGAACACGGUGAGGGACGAGAAGAUCAGAAGCAAUCUGAGAGAGGAUGACCGGCAGAAGAUCGAGUCGGCGGUGGAGGCGGCGAUACACUGGCUGGAGAGCAACCAGCUAGCGGAGGUGGAGGAGUUCGAGCACAAGCUUAAGGAGCUGGAGGAGACAUGCAACCCCAUCAUUGCGAAGAUGUAUCAGCGAGGAGAUGGCGGCGACCAUCAGGGAUACAAGUUCGACGAAGGCGGUGCAACGGCCGGCGGCGGCGCCGGGCCCAAGAUAGAAGAGGUUGACUAAAGAUACUACUGAUGGAUUAUGGGCCUCCAAGUGCAAUUUGGGCUUUGGGCUUCUAAUCGUGUGUUUUUUUUUAUAUUAUAUUAUAUCGAUUCGGGUUGUCGUCAGCUAAUAAAUAAAAAUAGCUAUUAUG